CUCGUGGUGUUUGAGCCACUGUGGUUUAGGGUUAGGUGGAAGCUCGAUGGCGAGGAUGCUGGCCGUCUUGUUUGUGGCUCUGUGCGUGAUCGCUGGAGCUGCGCGGGGCGAGGAAUCGGAUGUGCUCGUCCUCACGCCCGACAAUUUCGAUCACGAGGUCGGGCAUGAGAGGGCGGCGCUUGUCGAGUUUUAUGCUCCCUGGUGUGGGCAUUGUAAGAAGCUAGCGCCCGAGUAUGAGAAGGUCGGAUCGGCGUUUAGGAAAGUCAAGCACUUAUCGAUCGCAAAGAUAGAUUGCGAUGCGCACAAGAGCUUGUGCUCCAAGUUUGACGUAAGCGGGUAUCCCACUCUCAAGUGGUUUCCGAAAGGAUCUCUCACACCCAAAGAUUACUCUGGUGGACGAACUGCCGAGGAUCUUGUUGCAUUCGUCAACACAGAAGGAGGUGCGAAUGCGAAAUUGAGUGUGGCGGCAUCGGAGGUUGUCGUCUUGACCCCGGCCAAUUUCGAUGAGAUUGUGCUCGACCCCACGAAGGAUGUUUUGGUGGAAUUUUACGCUCCUUGGUGUGGACACUGCAAAUCCUUGGCUCCGGCUUAUGAGUCUGUCGCAACCGCAUAUAAGGCCGAGAAGAAUGUGAUCGUGGCAAAGCUUGACGCGGAUGCUCACAAGGAUCUAGCAACCAAAUAUGACGUAAGUGGCUACCCAACGCUGAAGUUCUUUCCCAAAGCCAACAAGGCUGGGGAGGAUUGUGAUGCGCGCUCGGUUGACGAGUUCGUGGAGUUUUUGAAUGAGAAGUGUGGCACUUACCGUGAUUCCAAAGGUGCUCUCACUGACAAGGCCGGAACUGUCUCUAGUCUAGAAGACAUUGUCCAGGAGUUCGUAGCUGCCAAAGCUGACGAGCGGGAAUCUCUCUCCACAAAGUUGCAUGAAGCCAUCGCCAAGCUAGAGGGCUCGGACGCUGGAUAUGGCGCAAUCUACACGAAAGUCCUCAAGAGCAUCGCUUCCAAGGGCGAGGAGUAUCUAGCCAAGGAACACGAGCGCUUAAGCAGGCUAUUGUCAGGGGCCGUGAAUCCCUCCAAGGCCGACGAGUUGACAGUGAAGAAGAACAUCAUCUCGCUCUUCAUGAAACAAUAAGCUUUCACAUCAUAUGUAACUCUUUUUUGUUUCUGCUGGCUAAACACACUAUUCUUACAAAAUCACACAGGAUCACAUCGUUUUCUAUAGUUAUGUUGGAAGGCUAUAGCAGAAAAAUCAAGGAAAUAUUUUUUAUAUGGAUUA